UGAUUAGUUACAGUCUGUGAAAACGUUCAUUUGGGAGUCAUUAUUUUCUUGUGUAUAUUUGACUUUCCAUCCUAAACAGUUAUUUUUUUUCGUUCCUCGUAAAUUCCUAUCUCCAAGCUGAAGAGCUGAUGUUUGACCAGACACGUUGAUAGAAAUGGCAAACGUUUUUACAAAAUGUUGUAAAGCCGUGAAACAUUUUCCUAGCAGAUUUCUAUGUCUAUGUUUUCAUUUCCUGCAAGCAGGAAUACUUGAUUAUUAUUUAGUGAUAUAUAAAGGGAAGGCGUGGCUUGCGUUUAUCGGAGCAGAUAUAGUGGUUGCCAUAGUGCUAUGUUUGUGCUUUUUCCUUUCGUACAGACAUCUAAAUCGUGCGCAACCAAAGGGAGAUAAUGAGAGUCCAGAGUCGGCUAGUCUACUAUUUGUUCCGAUAUCAUGGUUCGCUUACUCCGCAUUACUUGCGAUCAAAGUAGGUAUUGCCUUCAAGGAUUUUGCUUUUCUUCUAAGUGAAGACAUAUUUUUCGGACCAAAUACAUUGAAAACUACUAUUGCUCUAUGCGGUAUUAUAUUUGCAUUGUUGUUAGCGACAAAUCAUGAUGCUAAGCCUUGUUCCCCGAGAAGAAAAUAUAUCGACGAAUUGACGGGAACAGUAAUAUUCGAUAUUCUUGACUGCGUUGACAGUAUGGACAUGUUGUUUUUUAAAGAGGAAAGGGACACGUUUCCAAUUGGAGUGGAUGAUGCUAUUAUUGCUAUCGCUCUUAUUAAUUUUAUAUUACCUACUAUACCGCUGAUCACUCUUUCUAAAACUAAGUAUGGAGAGGCCAAACUGUCACAUAAGCUUGUUAUUAUUCACAAAGUGUUACUAGCAUUUCUUGUUAAUUUACCACUACUGAUAACCCGGAUGAUCUUAUGGCAUGGUUUAAGUCGUGGAAUAUUAAUUUUUUUACUAAAAAAUGUCAUAGUGAUUGGAAUGAUUUCGUUUGACUUGUAUGAAACAUUAGAAGGAGAAGAAAACGAACAAACUGAGAAUAAUAAUGAUGGCGUUGCAUCAUCUGGCCAGGACGGACCAGCUGUAGAAUCGUAUGCAAUGGAAGACAGGUUUAACUACAUAGAAUAACAUGUCAUAGGCGGAUCACCCAAAUGAAAAUUGCUGGAUCCGCCACUACAAGUCAUACUGCUUGGAACUGAUAUUUGCUUAUAUGACACGAUUUCGAAUUUACAGUUUGAUAAUGUUAUAAUAUAUCUACAGUUAUAUAUAUUUUCCGAUAUUAUAUCUACAGUUAUAUAUAUUUUCCGAUAUUAUAUCUACAGUUAUAUAUAUUUUCCGAUAUCUCUUUGAACUUUCCAUAUGGUGAAAACUAAAUUAUUUAAUGCCCAAAAAGGCGAAAGCCAGGACCGACCGUGCAAGGGCUGUAUAGACAAUGAAGGUCGUUAAAACUUCCAUUUGUAGUUGUUCAAGUCGCCAUUUGUACCGAAGACAAUAGACAGUGAACAUCGGAAAGGUUGGAAAGGAAGUAGUUUACAGCAGGCAGAAGGUUUAGUUUAAGUGAAGUGAAGUGCUUGGAACCUGCGGACAGAAUAUAAAACGGCUGGGACUGUUGGUUCGGUACAGAUUGUCCAAACAGGGCUGGUGCUAAGGUUUUGCGUCUCACAUCUCACACUAUUGCAGUGAGUGUUUGCUGAUAUACCAUGCCUUAGUGCUACCCAU